GGGAAGUCAGCCGAGAAGGCGAUGAGGGGGUGAGUGACAAAAAACUGCUUCUUUCUUCCGAACCUCCAUCCCCAUGAUCUCAUGAAUAAAUUAUAGCGGCUCAUUGUGCAAUAGAGUGAGGAAUGCAGCGGCGCUCAGGGAAAUACUGCCGAGAGCAGAGGCUACACUCAGACUACACUCAGACCCAUUGCUUGGUCUACUCUUACUUUUUUUUAAAGUAGCCGAUUGCUGGUUGGGUCCAUCUUUGUAGCCAGCGAAUUUCAACUGGCGACAUACACCGGGUCUGUUGUCUGGCCACUGAUAAGCAGGUUUAAUUUCCUAAAUCACAUGGAUAAAACAAGGUAGCCGGAUUUAUUUGUUCACGGCUGCUACUUGUGUGAAAUUGUGGGAAUUGCUGGCACCAUAUCCGACAUAGCCUACAUGCAAGCAACUCAUUUGUUAACCAAGAGAGGUUAAGAGAAGACCACACAGAACAUUGUCCACUUUCAUCGCCUUUGCAAAAAAAAAGGAUCGCACUGGUCCUUGUUGAAACACACGGAGGAUUCCUACCGCAGAUCACGGAAUCACCAGACAAUCAGGGACCAGUGCAACCUCGGGCAGCUAGUCGGGGACUGCCUGUCAGGUUGAGGAGUUUUGGGGUUCCCUGCUGACCCCCGCGUUCCUCCGAUGAACCCCAUCAACUCCAUGAAACCUGCCCUGCCACCCACGCCACAUAGUGACGGUUCGUACCCAUAUGAUCCUGUCCCCUGGCAGCAAGGUGCCAGUCAGCCAGCAGGCUCUCUCUCUGUGGUGACCACAGUGUGGGGAGUGACCAGUCCAUCCCACAGCCAGGUGUUUGGCGCCCCCAUGGUGCCGGGUGGGAACUCGGCAGGCGGUGGUCACAUGAUGCCUGGUAACAGCCCCGGCAUGAACUCUCCGCAGUUCAUGGGCCAGCAGGGCUACGGCGAGCCCAACAAGGCCUACAUGCAGCCCGGCCCCCCCGGCAUGUACGGACGCCCCAGCGGCAACUACCCAGGCCCCGGCUACGGCAACAGCUAUUCCAGUAAUGGAGCGGGCUCCAUGUCCAUGCCCCCCCAUGGCCAGCGGCCCCCUACGGACUUCACCCAGGCCGCAGCUGCUGCUGCUGUAGCUGCCGCCGCCGCCACCGCUACUGCCACCGCCACCGCCACCGUCGCCGCCAUCCAGGAGAAGCAGAACCAGGAAAUGAGCUACGGCCCGAUGGGUGGUGCUUCCUCGUACAAUACCCAGUUCCUGUCCCACUCGGGUCCUCGAGGGCCCCCAGGGAUGGGCCCAGGGGGUAUGGUGGGGGCCCGGGGGCCCUCCAUGGGGCCCAUGUACGGCCCCGCCCAGGGACAGCGGAUGCCCCAGCACCCCGGGUACCCGCCCUCCGCCCAGCAGGGACCCCCCAGGCACCAGCAAGGGCUUAAACGCCCCUACCCCUCUGACGGUUUCCCUGGGCAGCAGUGUGGGCCUGGCAUGGGUGGUGGUGGUGGAGGUCCGUAUCCGGGCCAGCCGAUGCAAUACCACGGGCCGGGCCCCCAGCGCUCGGCCCCCUCGCCGUCCUACCCCACCCACCGGAUGGCCAUGCAGCCGGGGGCCAUGGGACAGUACCCCAGCGGCCCCGCCAACCCACAGCAGUACUACAAGCCGGAGCAGUUUAAUGGUCAGGGUGGCCCCCACAGCAGUCUGGCCUCAGCGGUGGCCGGGGGUGGAGGACCAGGGCCGUACAACACCUUCACACAAGCAGCCGUCAACGGGCCUGGACGGGCGAUGCCAGGCUACCCCAGCUCUCCGUUGCCGGGCAACCCCACUCCCCCCAUGACGCCGGGCAGCUCCAUGCCCCCCUACAUGUCACCAGGGCAGGACGUCAAGUCGCCCUUCCUGCCCGACGUCAAGCCCAACAUCGCCUCCUUGCAGCCCCCUACAGGUAACCCUAGCGACGACCUCCGGCUGACCUUCCCGGUGCGUGACGGCGUGGUGCUGGAGCCCUUCAGGCUGGAGCACAACCUGGCCGUCAGCAACCACGUCUUCCAGCUGAGGGACUCUGUAUACAAGACACUCAUCAUGAGGCCCGAUCUGGAGCUGCAGUUCAAGUGCUACCACCACGAGGACCGUCAGAUGAACACCAACUGGCCGGCGUCGGUGCAGGUGAGCGUGAACGCCACGCCCCUGACCAUCGAGCGCGGCGACAACAAGACCUCCCACAAGCCCCUGUACCUGAAGCAGGUCUGCCAGCCGGGCAGGAACACCAUCCAGAUCACCGUCACCGCCUGCUGCUGCUCUCAUCUGUUUGUGCUGCAGCUGGUGCAUCGGCCGUCAGUGCGCUCGGUGCUGCAGGGCCUGAUGAAGAAGAGGCUGCUGCCCGCAGAACACUGUGUGACCAAGAUCAAGCGUAACUUCAGCAGCGGCACCAUCCCGGGCACCCCAGGGCUGAACGGGGAGGACGGCGUGGAGCAGACGGGCAUCAAGGUGUCGCUCAAGUGCCCCAUCACCUUCCGCCGAAUCCAGCUGCCCGCCCGCGGCCACGACUGCAGACACAUACAGUGCUUUGACCUGGAGUCGUACCUGCAGCUCAACUGUGAGAGAGGGACAUGGCGUUGCCCUGUGUGCAAUAAAACGGCUCUUCUGGAGGGACUAGAGGUGGACCAAUACAUGCUGGGCAUUCUCAUCUACAUCCAGAAUUCGGACUACGAGGAGAUCACCAUCGACCCGGUGUGCAGCUGGAAGCCGGUGCCGGUGAAGCCGGACCUGCACAUCAAGGAGGACCCGGACGGGCCGGCUCUGAAGCGCUGCCGCACCCUCAGCCCCAGCCACAUGAUCCUGCCCAGCGUCAUGGAGAUGAUCGCCGCCCUAGGGCCCGCCUCCUCGCCCAUGCCAUACCAAUCCAUGCCACAGGGGGGCAGCAGCAGCACGCCGGAAUACCCCAGCCAAGCUGGCUCGGGUUACUCCAACCAGCAGCCGGGCUUCUCGGAGUUCCCCAACGCCCCGGGCACCCCCACCAUGGGCGACUUUGGCUCGGGGCCGCCGCCCCUCUCCUACCAGACGGACCUCCCCAGCGGCCUGCUGACCCCAGACAAGCCUGUGGGUGGACACGGCAUGCCAGGACAGAUUCCCCAUGGAGGACGUAUGGAGCCUGGCCAUAGCAACCUCCAGCAACAACAACAACAUCAACAACAUCAACAACAACAACAACAACAACAACAGCAGGGCAUGCAUGGCAAUGCCGGCCUCGCUGGCCCUCCUGCCGGCCAGAUGCACUCGCGAGGACCCCCGUCCCAGAAUUCCCGGCUGCAUGCGGACACUCCGUUCGGACUAGGCGGUCCUGGGGACGUUCCGGAACCAGCUCUUGAUCUGCUGCCUGAACUGACCAAUCCCGACGAGCUCCUGUCCUACCUGGGCCCACCCGACCUCCCCAACAACAGCAACGACGACCUGCUCUCCCUCUUCGAGAGCAAUUAACAUCCGCACGGCCACUCCCUCUCCCCACUCCUCCACCACUAGCACCAACCACAUACCUGUACACACUGGCCUCCACCUUCUCCAGAGGAAGACAGGCGGUCACCCACUCCAGACUCCCCCUCCGCCAGUGUGACAGCAAAGGCACACCGUCCUCGCUCACACUGCGCCUUGGCAGCCGGCCUUGUGAACUACGAACUCUGAACUACUACGAACUAUGACAUGAAGAUGGGAUGGGAUGGGAUGGGCUGGGCCAGGCCAGUCAAGGCUCAUUGUAGGAAAAGAUGAGUGGGGAUGAUAAUGACCACAUGUUGUUGCCCCUGUCUGUCAGAACGGCCUCCAUCCAGGCCCAGCCCCUGGUGCUUUCAGGGUCCGUGUCCCUGCAGGGAGGGUGAUGUAGGCAGCCUCGGUGCUGCUGGGACGCUUUUGACCCUGCACGCGACCUCCGUAGCAGACGCCUGUGAGAUGACAUGAGAUGGGGACAGGCUUGUCUCAUCGCGUCCGCUCACCUGAGCCUCACAUCCAAAAAAACAAAAAAAAAACAAAAAACCUUUUGGAGGAUUUUUCCUUCCACCUAAUUUCUCUCUUUUUCUGUUUCCAAGCACCCUUGAAACAAAAGCCAGUCUAAGAUCCUCAUUGUUUGGGAUUCAGCUGAUCUUGACUCUGACUCGUGUUUUGCUGUUUAAUUUAUAAUGCUGGGGACACCCGCCCAUGCCAAGCCAGGAGAACAGGACACCUCCUUUCUUAAAUUACACGAUGGGAGUGUUGCAUUUUUAAAGAGGCUAUUUUGGAAAAAAAUCUUUCCACGAGUACUUUAUUCGGCAAGUUUUAAAUACCGUGGCCCGUCACAGAGGCCAGAGGAAGCCAGAACUGAUUAGUAGUCUGUGUACCUCUUGUUGUUUUUUACAGACUUGAAAAUGCCAGAUGGCCUCUGAUCCCAAAAAAAUAAUUGAUGAAUGAACAGCUUAAACAUGGUUUCAAAUGGCAAGUGAAUGUGCAGUGCUCGCUGCAGAAGGAACUCCCCUCAAAACGUGAAGGCGGUUUUAGAGACUCCCCCUCUCCAUCAUGAAUAAACAGUUGGAUGUGACUUGUUUUAUUUCUCUCUCUCUCUCUCUCUCUCUCUCUCUCUCUCUCUCUCUCUCUCUCUCUAUCUCUCUCUCUCUCUCUCUCUCUCUCUCUCUCUCUCUCUCUCUCUCUCUCUCUCCUUUUUUUUCUUCAAAACAAACAUUGUAUUGUGUAAAGCCCCUAAAAUACCCCUCUCGCUGAUCACAAAGCCAUGAUUAUGUUUUUCACUACAAAGUGUGGUUGAGGUUCUUUGUGUAGACUACAUCAAAAAUAGUGCCAGUUCUGUAUUUUGAGUUGCCAGCCUGUUGUUUUGGGUAGUGAAAGGUGUCCUCCCAUAGGAACCGGCACGGUGAGGAGCCCCGACUGCAAAAUGAUUAGAAUGGAUCCAUCUUGAAUGGCUGCUUUAAUUGGCUUCAUUCAGCAUCAUUCAAAACGAGGUGUCCAGUCCACUACUAACCUAAACCAUUAACUAAAGAUUCACCAGGUUUGUUGAAUGUGAACAUGAGAUGCAGAUCUGGAUAUCUCUCUCUCUCUCUCUCUCUCUCUCUCUCUCUCUCUCUCUCUCUCUCUCUCUCUCUCAGUCGGUCAAGCUGAGUUUUCCUAAUACACAGAAAUGCCAUUUUAACAUGCGUUGGGACCAUAGGAAUGGGACGGGCAUGAAUUUGAAAUUCCCUACAUCACACAACCACACAAAGAAGUACAUAUGCGUACACAAAAAGCGUGCUUUGUGAGCCCAUAAGGCAACAUACUAGAUUUUAACUCCAGAAGUGUAUUGUUCACACAGGCCUAUAAGCUCAGAAAAAAAAGAAUGGAAGAAAGUUAAAAGAAGUGAAGAUGAACGUUGUUGAAUAACAUGUACAGAUCUAACAUUACUGUGACAGCUGUGAACCGUUUUAUUAUUAUUGUUUUUUUUCCCCAUUAUACUAAAUCACACCCCCAUGUGUCCAUGUGCUUAUUGCACAGAUUAUUGACAAUAAAAUUCAUUGACAUUGUUCUCUUUCACCUGAUUUCCGUUUCGUGGUGUCAAAAAAACCAUCCAGCAAGCUGGAGAGGUGAGCAAUGUUGACCACUGUUUCCUAUGUUGUCUGAGCUCAUUUUUUAAAAGAAAAAAAAAGCUCGCUUAAACACCCAACUGUGUGCGGUUUGUAUUAUAAAAUGUCUAGGACAUCAAAUGUUUUUUUCUUUUCUUUUUUGGGUGUGCAAUGUUAUUUUUAUUAUGAGUUUGUUUGUUUGGAAAACCAUGUAUCAUACAGGUCUAACAUUAAGUAUGUAAUUAAUCGUUAUUAUAAUUCUAAAGAUAUUUGGUGGAACUGUAUGCAUCUCUCUCGUGUGUGUAGCAAUGUUUAUGAAUUUGUCAAGGAAAAAAAUAUCUUCGCCAUGGGGUUUGUGACUAUGGUGCGUGCUUCUGAGGUCAGAGCGCAGAGACCAACCAGUCACACACUGUUAAUCAAAAUGUUGAAAAGACGACUUUGUUUUGUGUUGGUGAAACUCUACGUUCUGGCAAUUGAAUUAAACCUGUAAAGUUGAACUCGAUUUGUUUUUCUAAAGAUGUGAAAUAUUUCCAUUAUG